AUGCACCGCCCGUCUCUCCUGGUCCUUCUCUCCGUCCUCAUCGCCACGCACGCAUUCGUCGCGCCUCCAUCCCAAGCCACAUUGGCUUGUUUGACCUGUAUUGCCACUGUCAAAGGAUUGGAGCCACGUGUUUUGAAUGAAGGAGAUGACGUGGCAAAGCAUGAAGUGAAGGCGUUGUGCCUGAAAGAAGCACCAACUCCAGCUGCCGAAGCAUCUUGCGAGGAAUAUGGAGAUGAUGAGGUUGAAGUGAUUAUCGACUUGAUCAAGAAGGAUGUGCCACCAAAAACCAUUUGUCAGCAAUUGAAGAAAUGUUAA